AUGGAAACGACUUUUCGCAACCUAGGGUCAACUCCGGUUCUCAUACCAAACAGGUUCGACACAAAACAGAAAACCACCACAUAUCGCACAGAUGCACCGCCAGAAAUUCCACCGUCCCCGACUCUGACGAACCCAGAUAUGAUCCUCCCGGAUGACGGCGAGCGUCAAUCGUUGACUCCAUCUCCGCCGUUUCAAUUGGCCGCUUCGAACUCUCAAAUGCUUCAGAACGGCUUGCAACCACAGAAUGGUAACUACUCUUCCAAUGGGUCUACUUAUCGCGCGCCGCGACCGAGAUGGACAUACGAGGGUCACGCUCACGGUCGACCGCUGUCGGAUAUUGGUGAGGAGGAUUCCCAGGCGUCGACCUCUCCCUAUGCAAACAGAUACACGUCGCAAGCUCAUCAGUCAAAAUCAGAUGCCGAUAGUGAUGGCUCUGGAUCUACGAUCAGCGCCGGCAGUCAGCGACAAUUGAAUCUAAAUCCUGAAGGACUUCGGGAGGAUGGUAAUGACUCUGGCUUUAAUUCCAAGCGCAGCAGCUUUGCUAGUGAAGGGAGUAUAGAACGCGCGCGCGCUCAAGCUAGUGAUGCUUUGACUUCAGGGCCGUCUCAACAAUCGGAAGAAGAAACCUCUUCCGCGAUCCUCAGUAGCGAAGCAGAGCGCAUUCUAGAAAACGCGAAGCGAAGGUUAACAUUGAUGGAGGGAAACCUCAGUCGAGCUCGUUCAUCAAUCCGCCUGGGACAGACUCCAUCCCCAUCACCCACGUCGCCCGGACUCUUGCUGCCCAGUCGCAACCUUCAACCAGCCGGAGCGUUGUAUCGAUCUAUAUCUCAGACUGAUCGCAGGGUCUCGUUACUUCGACCUCGACCAGUAUAUACCGCACAACAGGAAGGAGGAGGAGGAGGAGGAGGAGGAGGAGGAGGUCAUUCGCGGGGCCGUAGUGAGACCAAUCUUCCAUCAACAGCAAUCUUGAAAUCUCCUUCUCUACAGCCCUCGCGAUCCAUGAGCGCAUUGGCUUCUUCUGAUUCAAUACACUACGACUCUCGGGAAAAUACCUUCCCGUACAACGCUGCAAGUAGCAAUGGGAGCCAGGAGUCAAGGCAAGACUCUCGCCAGGGGGACGGUCAUCGCAGAGGCUAUCUCAGCCCCGGCCUCAGUGGCUCCGCUGGAUUAGGAAUUUCUACAUCAAAGACUAAGAUGUCUUCAAUGGACGACUUCAACUCUGCAUACCCACCAGAUGGACCUCCAUCUCGCGCGCAAUCCCAACUACAAGUCCGUGACCUAAAGGAUCAAGCGGCUGGACUCAGAACCAAAGUGGCUCUCUUGAAAGUCAAGACACAGGAGGAUAACCUUCGGCGCCGCAGUCUACAGAGCUUGCGCACUCCAAGUCCGUUUACAGCAGCUGAACGGUGGUAUUCUAGCGCAUUGGAACAUGGUAACGGCACUGAUAAUGUGCACAGCAAUGCUGGAUAUGGCUGGGUUUCUCCGAAGACGGAGACUAAACCGGACAGUAACGGGCAGAGUACGAGCAACGGUACUGACGAAUUCACCACCGAUAUCCCGUUGGAUCUACGAACGCAUAAACCCACGUCUAAAAGAUCACAGCAUAUAAAUGAUGACUUUACAAUUGACAAUGAUGAUCAAUCUGUACUGGAAAGCCACUAUGAGGAUGCAGAGGAAGGCGACUAUGAUGAUGGAAUAGAUCGUGAACAGCUCAAUGAGAUCUUAAACGAACCCUUCGAUGAUGAAGACGAGAACGAUAUCUUUGAAGAUUUCCCCACUGGCACUGCUCCAGAAGCGACACCUCACGAAGAGCGAGAAGACGCAUUCGACUACGAAAACUUUUAUCUCCAUAGUGCUCUAGGGACGUUUUCCAGGAACAAAAUGCGACGCCACAGUUACGGUUCGACAGGGUCCACUGAAACCACGAGACCGGCGCAAGAUCACCGACCUUCUAGACAUGGCCGUCAUGGAAGCAGUGAUUCCGUGUCUACUUUUGCAACGUUUGCGACGGCGACUGAGAAUGCUUAUGAUGAUGUCUACGAUGAUGAUCAGGAGGAUGCUCUACAGGCCAUUGAUCAGAUAGUUGACAACUGGAACGAUUUUGAAGAUGAAGGCGGCCCAACACCGGUUCAAAGUCGGAGAGCCACAGUUAUAGACCGGAGUGACGAAUCAUGCUACCUUGAAGCAACAAGGAACCGAGCUACCAACGGACCCUUCACCCCAACCAGAAAAACACUACCAGUCGACCGCAAACUGUCCACGCCCACCACACCAGUUGACGCAUUCAUGUCCUCGCUUUCUUCGAGAUCGGCAUCGACCAGACCACCCUCUAGCCUGAACACGGAUGACACCAGACUAUUAGAGCAAGUCUUUGAAAGUCUAGGCAAAGUCUGCACUGAACUACAAGAACUCACCAUGGCCGCCUCUGCUAUUGCUGGCAAUAAUGGCCUUACUAUCAAUGCCAACGGAGGCACAAUACCAACCGCAGCAGAUCCGAAAUACAUUCGUACCUUACGCCGAAGACUAGAUGCUGCUAGACGCGUUCUUGACGGACAACUUGAUUCGGACGCUUAAUGUCAUUUUUUUCUCUGUUUUGUUAAUUUUUCUACAUCAUAUACAUAAUUUUUGCGCUUCUGGAUAGUUGUUUUGAGAUCCUGGCGUAUUCGAUGCUUAGAUACGAUACCCAUCUUCUUUUCUUCUUUUGAUACUUCAACUUCUACCCCUUUGUUUAUUUUUCAGUUUCUACUAUACCCUCUUUUUGUUUAUAAUGUUUUCAAUAAGCAUUCAUUGGGCAUGACAUCUAACAUUAUCAUGAUAAUUCUUGGAAUCUUGAGAUUCUCUAUGACUG